AUGGCGAAGGGCAGCUGGGGACUCCUGCGGCGGCACCAGAGGCGGCGGCUCCUCCGACGGGGCGCCCCGCGACGGCAAGCCGCUCCCCUGGGACGCGGGAGGCAGAAGGCGGAGCCCGGAGCAGGCGGAGGAGGAGACGCCUUGAGGGAGUUCGCCGCCUCCUUCGUGGCCGCGGGGCUCGUAACAGAGCCGAAGGAGGAGGAAAGGCCGGCCGGAGAGGCGCUGGUGGCGGCAGAGGCCCACGAAGGACGCGCUGCAGUGCUCUUGCCUCGAGGGACGGGGCUGACCUUCGCGGGGAAGUGCUGGCUGAGCUGCCUGCUGGGGUCGGUGAGGGUCCUUGGCUUCUGCCUGGGGCCGGAGCAGCCCCCCUGCCGCCUCUUCUCCCCCAGAUCCCACUGCCCCCUCACCAUCCAAGCGGCGCCUGGCGAGGAGGAGGAGGAGGAGGAGGCCCUCUCCGAAAGGGACAGGCGGGCGCAGGCGCGGGCGGCGCUCAGGGCACACAGGGUGCCACAAGAGGCCAGGUGUAAACUGAUGAAGAGGUUCACUCCGCAGUGUUCGAUCGUUCUGCUGGAACACCUGGACGCACCGGUCACCAGGUUCAUCCUCAGCUAUGCCGCCUUCUCCCACGUUUUCCGUGUCAAGAGGCAAAAGGCCCCCUCUUUCACCCCAGAAGACGCUGUGCUCGCCUCCACUGGCAUUGGGAAGCUGGAGCCAGAGAGGGGCCUGCUGAUGUCGGAAAGCACCAUUUCCGCCGUUGAGGAGUUAAUCCAGGCAUGCCAAGAGGAAGAGGACGGCUGCCCCAUUAUCUUAGUUUGCGGCCCCAAAAGCGUUGGCAAGUCAACUUUCAACAGAUACCUGAUUAAUCUGUUGCUGAACCGCAUUCCCUGCAUUGAUUUCUUGGAAUGUGACCUGGGGCAGCCUGAGUUCACUCCCCCUGGAUGUGUUUCCCUAGUUAAUGUGACAGAGCCGCUGCUGGGUCCACCAUUCACUCACCAGCGGAGACCACGCAAAAUGGUGUAUUUUGGGGAAACCAGUUGCGAACAUGACACGGAAAGAUACAUGGACACACUAAAGUACGUGUUCAGUGCCUACAAGAGAGAUGUCCCUUUGGUGGUGAACACAAUGGGGUGGGUGAAAGGUGCUGGCUUGCUCCUUCUGGUUGACCUCAUCCGGCUGCUGUCCCCCAGCCACAUUGUUCAGAUCAGCGCCGAAGACUUCAAGGACAUGCCGCGGCUUUCUACGGAGUAUAUCUAUGAGGCCGCUGGGUUACACACAAGAGGCCAAGCAACCCUCAAAAGCAAGCGUCUUAGGAAAAGGAUAGAAGACGCAGAGCAGCCUAGGAGCAGCAAUCGAGAGUUCCACUUGCUGCAUCCUGGGCACAGGCUGCUCUGUGUCCAGCCACAGUUUCAGGGAGCAGGGGCUGCGGGCAACAUGUGCACCCACAGCAACACCCUCCGGGACAUGGCCGUCCUUGGUUACUUGGGCCAGUUGCAGCCUCCAGAGGCAGAGUCGGUGCUUCCUCUGCAUAGUCUGGUGCCCUACCAGGUCCCCUUCAACGCUGUCGCCCUCAGGGUUAUCCACACCGACGUCGCUCCUGCCCACAUCUUGUGCGCGGUCAAUGCCAGCUGGGUGGGCCUGUGCCAUACCUUGGAGGAGAUUCCUUCUCAGACAGAUGGGCCUGUUGUGUUGAUGCAGACGCCCAUCUGUGACUGCCUGGGCUUUGCGAUCGUCCGAGGGGUGGACAUGGAGAAGAAGCUGUACUACCUCCUGACCCCAGUUGCUCCGGAGAACCUGCGGCUGGUGAAUUGUUUACUGAUUGGGAACAUCUCCAUUCCUCACUGUGUCUUCCUGAACCAAGUUGGAAUUGAAGGAGAGAUCCCCUACGUCACGUCAGAGUAUAAUUACGACAUUUCGGGCGCAGGGAAGUUGAAGGUGAAGAAGCAUCUCAAGCGGCGAGGACACAGCCAGCCAUGAGUUGCUCCUUCUCUCUAAAUGCUUACCUGCAGGAACUGGUUUGGGACAGAGGACUUGACAGGUUUUGGGGGACCAUUCUUACCAGCCAGCCCCAUAACUCUUCUUAGUGUUCGUGUACGUGUGUGUGUGUAUGAAUGAGUGUUUUAUUUCUUUAUAACUUGAGAAUUAAAUCUUUGGCAUAAACUCCCCAAUAUAGAUUUCUUUUGUCAGGUGCCAAAUUCACUGGAAAGGCCUAUUGCCCUUUGAGCAAAAUGACGCUUAUGCAUAUAAGCUCAUGGUUUGAGGUUGACUCCCUUUCUGUGAAACCCAGGGGCUAUUCAGAGGGUGAAAAUAUUCCAUAUAGAAUCGGGGUUGAAUCUUGGUUGUCCGCAUGCACUUUGAAUGCAUUCAGUUAACUUUGCAGGGGGCUACCAAAAAAAACACUUAACCCAGAA